AUGGCUGAAAAGCUGCUUUGUGCCCUUGACCUGACACAGGGCCCUCCCCUGGGCAACGGCUGCUUGGAGAUGCAGCUCUUCCUCUUCCUCCUGAUCGCCAUGUGCUACCAUUCCCUCUCCUCUUUGACUCCUCAGUUGUCAUCCAUGAGCCUUCAGGUCAGGAGCAACUUCUUCAAAAGUGCCUCACCUGACCUUCUUCAGAUUGUUUCCCAGAGAAAGCUGUCCAAAUCCUUACUGAAGCACGGGAACACGGCAGGGAAAUCUUCCAUCACGGUGAUUGCUGAGGAAUUAUCUGGUAAUGAUGACUAUGUGGAACUUGCCUUCAAUGCACGGAAACUGGAUGAUAAGGAUUUCUUCAGUAAAUCUGACCCAUUUCUGGAAAUUUUUCGAAUGAAUGAUGAUGCAACUCAGCAGCUUGUGCACCGAACUGAGGUUGUGAUGAAUAACUUAAGCCCAGCCUGGAAAUCAUUCAAAGUAUCUGUAAACUCUCUAUGCAGUGGAGAUCCCGACCGCCGGCUGAAGUGCAUAGUAUGGGACUGGGACUCCAAUGGCAAACAUGACUUCAUUGGAGAAUUCACUUCAACCUUCAAGGAGAUGAGAGGAGCAAUGGAAGGCAAACAGGUGCAGUGGGAGUGUAUCAACCCCAAGUACAAAGCCAAGAAGAAGAAUUAUAAGAACUCGGGCAUUGUGAUUUUGAAUCAGUGCAAGAUUCACAAGAUGCAUUCUUUCUUGGACUACAUCAUGGGUGGCUGCCAAAUCCAGUUUACAGUAGCUAUAGAUUUCACGGCCUCAAAUGGGGACCCCAGGAACAGCUGUUCCCUGCACUACAUCCACCCCUACCAGCCCAAUGAGUACCUGAAGGCCUUGGUGGCAGUGGGAGAGAUUUGCCAAGACUAUGACAGUGACAAGAUGUUCCCAGCCUUUGGGUUCGGUGCCAGGAUACCCCCAGAGUACACGGUCUCUCAUGACUUCGCCAUCAACUUUAAUGAAGACAACCCUGAAUGUGCAGGGAUUCAAGGAGUUGUGGAAGCCUAUCAGAGCUGCCUUCCUAAACUCCAGCUCUACGGCCCCACCAACAUCGCUCCCAUCAUCCAGAAGGUGGCCAAGUCAGCAUCAGAGGAGACCAACACCAAGGAGGCGUCGCAAUACUUCAUCCUGCUGAUCCUGACUGAUGGGGUCAUCACAGACAUGGCCGACACACGGGAGGCCAUCGUCCAUGCCUCCCACCUCCCCAUGUCAGUCAUCAUCGUGGGAGUAGGCAACGCAGACUUCAGCGACAUGCAGAUGCUGGACGGUGAUGAUGGGAUUCUGAGAUCACCCAAGGGAGAGCCUGUCCUCCGUGACAUCGUCCAGUUCGUGCCCUUCAGGAACUUCAAACACGCAUCUCCAGCUGCCCUGGCAAAGAGCGUGUUGGCUGAAGUCCCAAACCAAGUCGUGGACUAUUACAAUGGCAAAGGAAUUAAGCCAAAAUGUUCCUCAGAAAUGUAUGAAUCUUCCCGGACACUGGCUCCAUGAACUGUACACACUUUUACUGAGUUCUCAGAUACUAUUCCUGCUAAUAUUUAAUACUUCUAUUACUCCUGUACUUAAAAAGACACACAAAUACACAUUUAAAAAUAGCACGUUUGGUGAUUUUUAACUAACUGACAAUUUUUUUUGCAUGUGUAGCCCUGAGGCCUGGAUCUGUUAAUCCCUUGUAUUGUUAAAGACUUUUUACAAAGAAACACAGAUAAUUAUAACUUACUCUUUACAUUACAGCAUGUUGCCUUGAAAUAAAAAGUUAUCUGUAUCUGUUUUUUAUACAGGUUUGUUGAAAUUUUGCUAAAUUUCUUAUUAUCUUUACACUGUAAAGCAUUUUGAAACAUUUCUUGAAUGUUGAUAGCCAAAACAUAUUUGGUUUUAGCUGCUACAGGAUGAGAGACUUUUUAAAAUGGCAGAUGCAUGGACUGUAUUUUGCAUGUUUAAAAUAAAAAAAAAAAAAAACCCAUACUGUUUUUGCAGUUGUCAUCUAUAAUUCCUCCCUGCUGGGAACAGUGUCUCCCCUGAAGAAGAGGUUUAUCCAGCUAGAGGUGAUCUUCUUAAAGUGGGGCUGGGGCACCCAGUCCAGCAUUUCUUAGACUUCCUUGUGUAUACAGUUCACCAGAGGAUCUUGUUAAAAUUUAGACUGUAAUGCAAUUGGUCUGUGUGAGCCCAAGAUCCAAGCAGCUGUAACAGAAUCCCAGGUGAUGCCAAUUCAGGCCUCAUGUUUAUAUCAAUCCUUAGGUGUGACCUCAAAGAGUCUUCAAUAGACCUGUGACAGUGGAGACUUGUCCACAGAAAAUGGCCAUGGGGUGUGGCUCCUCAAGAGAGGUGGCCCACCAGACUGAUCUUUAAGCUUAUUCUUGGGCUUCUUUGUACUUCUUAUCACUCCUGAGAGCAAACUGAAUCAUCAACACAAAUGCUUGGGACUGUUUUGGGUAGAGGUGUUUUGUUUUGAUAUAACCUGGCCACCCUUAAACCUAAAGAAUGAAUGUUUCACUUGUGUAAUCAUCUUACAGAGAAAUUAGCAAGUUUUUUGCAAGUAUAAAAUGCCCUAGGUGAAGCCUACUUUUGUUCAGAGAUACAGGAAGGUAAAUGACAAGGCACAGUAGAUCUGUUUGUUGUUUGGUAAGGGGGGGAGUAUUUCACGUGCAAAUCAAAUGCCUUGUAUGAUUUCCAGUAUUAUAAAUAUAGAUCUUAACCUUACAAAUAUAUGUUGGCCAAAAGCAUAUUUGGGAAUGAUGGUAAAUAUAUGACUGAAAAAAAUCAUAAAUAUUGAAAGUGUAUUAUUUUAUGAAUAAAUUGGGUACUUACAGAA